UUGUGGUAUUUCUGCCCUCCCCUUUGGAAGUCACAUGGGUGGAUUCUGCACUCCCGUGACACUUUUGAACAAAUAAUAGGGGGCGAGGCGUGCCAUGGCUGCUGUGUUGUUAUUGGGCAUUUCUCACAGCAUUCAGCUCAGCCCUGUCCAUCGGCCUGCUGCGGUUCCAUCUGACGGUCCACAGGGAGUCUGACCCGGGCAUUUUUUACCAGAGACACACCGCCGCACUCGGUGGGCCUCAAAGGGGAGUUUUGAAGCAAGAAGUGGGUGGAACUGUCUGGAGAAGGUUCAGCGGGGGCAAGCAGACAGUCUCUUCUCACCAACCAUGUCAAACGAACGCACCCCUUUGAUCACCUCAGGCCUGUGUGGUCUGACCACAGUGGCAUGCGUCGCGAGGUCGGACAUCACCCCUGAAUCCAGCUCUGGGACACCAAGUAAAGACCCUCGAAAACUGAACACUUUUUUUGGGGUGAUGGUGCCAACCAUCCUCUCCAUGUUCAGCAUCGUGCUGUUUCUGAGAACUGGGUUUGUGGUUGGUCAUGCUGGGCUGUUACAGGGUCUUUUAAUGUUGAUUGUAGCCUACACCAUUAUAUCUCUUACAAUAUUGUCCAUCUGUGCCAUUUCCACAAAUGGUGCCAUACAAGGUGGUGGGGCCUACUACAUGAUAAGUCGGUCUCUAGGCCCAGAGUUUGGAGGAAGCAUCGGUUUGAUGUUCUUCCUGGCCAAAGUGUGUGCAUGUGGAGAAUAUGUCCUUGGUCUUGUGGAGGCGAUACUUGACGUAUUUGGUGUGGAUCCUGAGUCAUCUGUGUCCGGGGGGGUGCGGGUGCUUCCUCAGGGUUACUGGUACACAGUGCUGUACUCCUCUGUAAUCCUCCUGCUCUGUCUGCUUGUCUGCCUGGUGGGCGCCCACAUCUACUCCCGCACCGCCUUCGCCAUCCUGCUGGUGGUCACUGUAUCCUUGCUGUCCAUCUUCAUCAGUUCUGUGGCGGUCAAACCUCGUGAUUUUGUCAUUACCCACCGGGGGUCCGGCAACCAGACCCUCCACUACAACGCCAGCUAUACGGGCUUCAAUGCUACCACUCUGAGAAACAACCUGGGCUCUGGUUACACUCUGGACUACAGCACCAACUCUGUCAUGUCUUUUGCCACCGUGUUUGCCGUCAUGUUUACCAGCUGCACUGGGAUCAUGGCCGGAGCGAACAUGUCAGGGGAGCUGAAGACUCCGAGUGUUUCCAUCCCUAAUGGCACCAUCGUAGCUGUCUUUUACACCUUCACAGUCUACAUCCUCCUCUUCAUUUUGGUCAGCGCCACCUGUGACAGGACCCUGUUGAUCCAGGAUUAUGGGUUCCUCCAGAAAAUAAACAUCUGGCCGCCGUUUGUCACCAUCGGGAUAUACUGCGCCUCUCUGUCAGCCGCAAUGUGUGCUAUGAUCGGAGCGUCUCGUAUCCUCCACGCUCUUGCUCUGGAUCACCUCUUCGGUCUGCCAUUAGCCCCGGCUGCCAUGAUGUCAACCUCGGGGAAUCCGUGGGUGGCAGUGCUGUACACCUGGGGUCUGGCACAGUGUGUGGUGUUUGCAGGCCAGCUCAACGCUAUAGCAAGCUUGGUGACUGUUUUCUACUUGCUUGCCUACGCUGCUGUUGACCUGGCGUGUUUGGCUCUUGAGUGGGCGUCGGCACCAAAUUUCAGACCGACCUUCCAGCUCUUCUCCUGGCACACCUGCCUGCUGGGGAUU